AAGCGAGCGAGCGAGCCAGGCAGCCACCCGAGCCAUGUUAUGUUGACGACGGGGAGUGAGGGUUUUGCAUCUUGAUUGGAAAGUCACAAGCACAAGAUCUGCAAAGAUUUGGGUGCAUGUUUGGAGAUGCACUGUUCAAGAGAUCUGGCAAGAUUUGUGCAUGUUUGAAGGGGAGGACAAGGCACAGCACCAGGUGCCUCGUGUUUUCUGAAGACUAGUGAGAGUGGAGGACCCCAACCCCAGCAGCAGCUCCCGUGCCCAGUCAUGCGUGCUUUGUGGCAACC